AUGUCCUCAAACGUCGGUCUCUCCACCCCACGCGGCAGCGGCACCUCCGGCUACGUCCAACGAAACCUCUCCCACAUCCGUCCACGCGAUCCAAACACCUCAUCCUCCCAUCCAAAGGACUACGAUAAAUUCGAAAGACAUAGACAACGACAACCGGAUAAAGAAAUAUUGGAUCAUGACCGGAAGAGGAACGUGGAGGUUAAGUGCUUGGAGUUGAGGGAUAAACUUGAGGAUGAAGGACUGGACGAAGAUGAAAUCGAAGAACGAGUCUCGGCUUUACGAACCACGUUGAUGGGACAAUUGGAUUCACAAAGAGUCGAUGCCAGGGGUUUAAAAUCACAUCAAGUUCAUGAAUUGGCACAGGCAAAGAUGGCCGAAAACGCCCGUCUCCAACGCGCCCUCCAAAUCUCCUCAGACUACGAAGAAGGCAGCCACUGGAAACGCCAAGCAGAAGAAAAAGUAAGAAGACAAGAAGAGAUGGCCGCAAUGGAAGUACUAGCCAUACAAGAGAGAGAAAAACAAAGACAACGAGAAGUCGAAGACGAAAUUAGACGGGAAAAGGAAAAGGAUGCUGAAUUAAGAAGAAGGAAUAGACGGGACAGAAGUGAGAGUAGAAGUCGAAGCAGAAGCCCCAGUAGGAGCAGGAGCGAUAGGGGUAGAGGGAGAGGGAAAGAUAACGAAAGCAGAUCUAGGAGUAGAUCUAGGAGAAGUGACAGUUACGAUAGUCGUGAUAGAUCGAGAACUAGGAGCAGGACUAGGAGUGAGAGUCGAAAAGGUGGGAGGAGGAGGGAUUCUAGAAGCUUGAGUGGAAGUCGGAGGAGAAGUGAAAGUAGGAGCAGGAGCAGGAGCAGGAGCUACAGCGCUGACAGGGCAAGGAGACGAUAUGAUGAUAGUGAUUGA